UGUGUUGUCACGAUGGCUACCGUAGGUUAUGGUGAUCUAGUGCCGGGUACGGUAGCUGGAAAACUAGUCGGCAGUGGGGCUAUAGUGUGUGGAGUGAUGGUACUAGCGCUACCUAUCACCAUCAUGGUAGUUCAGUUUGAUCGUGCCUUAUCGAUGGUCUGUCAACAACACACUACGCUGCCAUUGCUUAGUUCACAAUCUCAAAAACAAAUUACGCAAUCUCGAACUACUCAUCCGAUCCUCCCAUCUUCUUAUUAG